AUGGCGACAGGAGAGUCACUACGUUCUUUGGCAUUUUCAUUUCGCAUAUCACAGAGUUAUAUUACUAGAAUUUUACAAUUGGUUUUUAAGAGUUUGAGUUCGCGACUGACACCAAUUUUAAUAACGUCACCAUCAAAAGAAGAUUUACUGCGUAUUUCAGCUGAAUUUUGGACGAGAUGGAAUUUCCCCAACUGCGUUGGAGCGAUCGACGGGAAACAUAUACGGAUCUUUUGUCCCCGAAAAACUGGAUCGCUCUUCUUUAAUUAUAAGGACUUUUUUUCAAUUGUUUUACUGGCCAUUGUUGAUGCCAAUUGUAAAUUUAUGUACGUAGAUAUUGGUGCGUAUGGCAAGGAAGGCGACAGCGGAAUAUUCACAAAAUCCAGUUUAUUCAAACGAAUACAACAAGGAGAAUACUUCCCAGAUUGCUCCAAACUUCCGAAUUCCGAACAGUCAUUGCCAUACGUUCAUGUCGGUGAUGAAGCGUUCAGGUUAGAGCCUCAUAUGAUGCGACCAUAUACACGAGGUGAGGCAAGGAACGAUUAUGAAAAAACGAUUUUUAAUUACCGUUUGUCACGAGCCAGAAGAAGAUCGGAAAACAGUUUUGGACUUUUAAGUCAAAUAUUUCGUGUUUUCUAUACUCCUAUAGCUUUAAAAACCGAAACUGUUGAUAAUUUAGUAUUAUCAGCUUGUUGCCUUCACAAUCUGCUUCGUAAUAGAUAUUUGGAAACAACAAACAAUUAUUACUAUGAAUUUGACAAUAGUGAAAUACCCCCCUCCCAAAGUAUGAUUCCACUUGCUAGAUCGGGAGGAUACGCAAAUUUUGAUGGUUUUUUUGUGAGAGACAAGUUUAAGUGUUAUUUUAAUAGUACACAAGGGGCUGUUCCAUGGCAAGAUCAACAAACACAACAAACUGAUACUUGA